CAAGCUCAGGCGCCGCGCCCAGGAGGCUGCCGCUCUGGCUCGUGGCCCCUCGCCGCCGCUCCGCACCGGGCAUCCGCCGCUGUGCCGCGGGCCAUGGACCUGCCCAGGGGCCUCCUAGUGGCCUGGGCGCUCAGCCUGUGGCCAGGCUUUACAGACACCUUCAACAUGGACACCAGGAAGCCCCAGGUCAUCUCUGGCUCCAGGGACGCCUUCUUUGGCUACACGGUACAGCAGCACGACAUCGGCGGCAAGAAGUGGCUGGUUGUGGGCGCUCCAUUGGAAACCAACGGCCACCAGAAGACGGGAGAUGUAUACAAGUGUCCGGUGACCCAUGGGAACUGCACCAAGCUCAACCUGGGAAGGGUCACCCUAUCCAACGUUUCCGAACGGAAGGACAACAUGCGCCUCGGCCUGAGCCUGGCCACCAACCCCAAGGACAACAGCUUCUUGGCCUGCAGCCCACUCUGGUCUCAUGAGUGUGGGAGCUCCUACUACACCACAGGGAUGUGUUCGAGAGUCAACUCCAACUUUAGAUUCUCCAAGACUGUGGCCCCAGCUCUCCAAAGGUGCCAGACCUACAUGGACAUUGUCAUUGUCCUGGAUGGCUCCAACAGCAUCUACCCCUGGGUGGAGGUUCAGCACUUCCUCAUCAACAUCCUGAAGAAGUUUUACAUCGGCCCUGGGCAGAUCCAGGUUGGAGUCGUUCAGUACGGAGAAGACGUGGUACAUGAAUUUCACCUCAAUGACUACAGGUCUGUAAAAGAUGUGGUGGAAGCUGCCAGCCACAUUGAGCAGAGAGGAGGGACAGAGACCCGGACGGCAUUUGGCAUCGAAUUUGCUCGCUCAGAGGCUUUCCAGAAGGGCGGAAGGAAAGGGGCCAAGAAGGUGAUGAUUGUCAUCACCGACGGGGAGUCCCAUGACAGCCCGGACCUCGACAGGGUGAUCCAGCAGAGCGAGAGGGACAACGUGACCAGAUACGCCGUGGCCGUCCUGGGCUACUACAACCGCAGGGGGAUCAAUCCAGAAGCUUUUCUAAACGAAAUCAAAUCCAUCGCCAGUGACCCUGAUGACAAGCAUUUCUUCAACGUGACGGACGAGGCAGCCCUGAAAGACAUCGUGGACGCCCUGGGGGACAGGAUCUUCAGCUUGGAAGGCACCAACAAGAACGAAACCUCCUUUGGGCUGGAGAUGUCACAGACGGGCUUCUCCUCUCACGUGGUGGAGGACGGGAUUCUGCUGGGAGCUGUUGGCGCCUAUGACUGGAAUGGAGCGGUGCUAAAGGAGACCGCUGGUGGGAAACUCAUUCCUCUCCGAGAGUCCUACCUGAAGGAAUUCCCUGAGGAGCUCAAGAACCACGGCGCAUACCUGGGGUACACCGUCACAUCGGUCGUGUCCUCCAGGCAGGGGCGGGUGUAUGUGGCUGGAGCCCCCCGGUUCAACCACACUGGCAAAGCCAUCCUGUUCACCAUGCACAACAACCGGAGUCUCACCAUCCACCAGGCCCUGCAGGGCGAGCAGAUAGGCUCUUACUACGGGAGUGAGAUCACCUCGGUGGACAUCGAUGGCGACGGUGUGACCGAUGUCCUGCUGGUGGGCGCACCCAUGUACUUCAGUGAGGGCCGAGAGCGGGGCCGGGUGUACGUCUACAGCCUGAGACAGAAUAGGUUUGUUUAUAACGGGACGCUGAAGGAUUCCCACAGUUACCAGAAUGCCCGAUUCGGGUCCUCCAUCGCCUCGGUGCAGGACCUCAAUCAAGAUUCCUACAACGACGUGGUGGUGGGAGCCCCUUUGGAGGACAACCAUGCAGGCGCCAUCUACAUCUUCCAUGGCCUCCGAGGCCGCCUCCUAAAGACGCCAAAGCAGAGAAUCGCCGCCUCAGAGCUGGCUCCCGGCCUCCAGUAUUUUGGCUGCAGCAUCCACGGGCAACUGGACCUCAACGAGGAUGGGCUUGUUGACCUGGCAGUGGGCGCCCUUGGCAAUGCUGUGAUUUUGUGGUCCCGCCCUGUGGUUCAGAUCAAUGCCAGCCUCCACUUUGAGCCGUCCAAGAUCAACAUCUUUCACAGAGAUUGCAAACGCAGCGGCAGAGACGCCACCUGCCUGGCCGCCUUCCUCUGCUUCACACCCGUCUUCCUGGCGCCCCAUUUCCAAACAACAACAGUUGGCAUCAUGUACAACGCCACCAUGGACGAAAGGCGGUACACACCACGGGCCCACCUGGAUGAGGGCGGAGACCGAUACACCAACAGGGCUGCCCUACUCUCCUCCAGCCAGGAGCACUGUGAGCGGAUCAACUUCCAUGUCCUGGACACCGCUGACUACGUGAAGCCAGUGACCUUCUCAGUUGAGUAUUCCCUGGAGGACCCUGACCAUGGCCCUAUGCUGGACGACGGCUGGCCCACUAGCCUCAGAGUCUCGGUGCCCUUCUGGAACGGCUGCAAUGAGGACGAGCAGUGUGUCCCUGACCUUCUGCUGGACGCCCGCAGUGACCUGCCCACAGCCAUGGAGUACUGCCAGAGGGUGCUGAGGAAGCCUGCUCAGGACUGCUCUGCAUACAUGAUGUCCUUUGACACCACAGUUUUCAUCAUAGAGAGCACGCGUCGGCGGGUAGCAGUGGAGGCCAUGCUGGAAAACAGGGGCGAGAACGCCUAUAACACAGUCCUAAAUAUUUCACAGUCAGCAAACCUGCAGUUUGCCAGCUUGAUCCAGAAGGACGACUCCGAGGGCAGCAUCGAGUGCGUGAACGAAGAGAGGAGACUCCACAAAAAAGUCUGCAAUGUCAGCUACCCCUUCUUCCGGGCCAAGGCCAAGGUGUCUUUCCGUCUAGACUUCGAGUUCAGCAAAUCUAUCUUCCUGCACCACCUGGAGAUCCAGCUCACAGCCAGCAGCGACAGUGACGAGGAGGAAAACACCAAGGGAGACAACACAGCCCUCCUGCCCUUCCACCUCAAAUAUGAGGCCGACAUCCUCUUCACCAGGAGCAGCAGCCUGAGCCACUAUGAGGUCAAGCCCAACAGCUCACUGGGGAGAUAUGAUGGCAUCGGGCCUCCCUUCAACUGCAUUUUCAAGAUCCAAAACCUGGGCUUGUUCCCCGUCCACGGGGUCCUGAUGAAGAUCACUGUGCCCAUCGCCACGAGGGGCGGCAACCGCCUGCUGCUGCUGAGGGACUUCCGCACUGAUCAGGUGAACACGACCUGUAAUGUGUGGGGAAACAGCACCGAGUACCGACGUGCCCCAAUGGAGGAAGACUUGAAUCGUGCCCCACAGCUGAAUCACAGCAAUUCUGAUGUAGUCUCCAUCCACUGCAAUGUGAGGCUGGCUCCCAACCAGGAAAUCAAUUUCCAUCUGCUGGGAAACCUGUGGUUGCGGUCUUUAAAAGCACUCAAGUACAAGCUGAUGAAAAUCACGGUGAACGCAGCCUUGCAGCGGCAGUUCCACAGUCCUUUCAUCUUCCGAGAGGAGGAGCCCAGCCGCCAGAUCACGUUUGAGAUCUCCAAGCAAGAAGACUCGCAGAUCCCCAUCUGGAUCAUAGUGGGCAGCACACUGGGGGGCCUCCUACUGCUGGCCCUGCUGGUCCUGGCACUGUGGAAGCUCGGCUUCUUUAAAAGUGCCAAGCGCAGAAGAGAGCCCGGCCUGGACCCCACCCCCAAAGCGCUGGAGUGAGGCUCCUGAGGCGGCUGUGAGUUGAUGGGGGCCAGGUCCAGGUGGUGUGCAGGCCCAGGCCCGUGGCCCCACGGAGCUGAAGCAGAGAGGAUGCCAGCUCGCCUUGCACUUGACCUCACCUGAGAAACCGAGCCUGCUCCCUCUGAAGAGAACUCAAGCCAGUUUUAAGAGGGACUGCCCUACUGGGAGACCAAGACACCAACAACACAGAUCCUUAGGAUUGAAAGGGGCCCCUCCCACGGCACAUCCCAAAGCCUCCCCCAGGCUCUGUGGGGGCAUUUGCUGCCCCCACCACUAAGGUGCUAGGAAGUCCUAAUCAUCCCCAUCCUCAGAAGAACCCAGGGAGACUGCAAAAGCAGACCCACUCCGCACCUAUCCAGGCCUCCAGUUCCCAUAGGACCCAGUGAGCCAGAAGAUCUGAAUUCUGUCUGUGCUCCCCUCCCCCCACGCUGCCCAUGUCUCCCGAGUCACACCCACCGCUUCUCCAGGCAGGAGACAGGUCCCCGGAGCUCCCCCUGAAUAACCGGAGCCCCAUGGUGACAGCUGCUGGCCAGGGAUGAAGACUCUGGAAUGUGGAGACUGUGAUGGACAGGCAGCUGGGACCCCGAUACCGGGAGACCCCACCCCGAGUUGGGGAGUCACCCCCGUGGGUUCACACUGGCUGCCACCCACUCAUCCACCCUCCACCCUUUCCCCCUCUCCCCGCAUAGGCUGCCGCUCCUCCCCACCUCCAAGACGCUUUUGUUCCCAGGUACAUCCGGAAGCGGUGGAUGACGCAAUCCCUAGGGCUCUGCAUUUACCCCAGUCUUCCCUUGAAGCCUGGGCCUGGCGGCAAGCUGGGCAGUAAGGGUGGGAGUGAGGAGCCGUCCCUCCCCGUGUCAGCCCCUCCCUACACACAGACCACCUCCCAUCCCUCCCUUCCGUCCACCAUGCAGCGGAGAGGGCUGGGCUGGAGCUGCCCACGGGUCUUCUCUGGAAUGCACUGAACAAGGCCUGUGCAGGGACCCCUGAGCCUGUGCAACCUUGGUGGCAAAUAUCUUAUCCGCAGGACCGCGGGGCAAGUGGUACCACCCAUGAGGGCACCCGGAGGACAAGCGGCACACCUGGUGCCCAGUGGAGUAAUUUAUGCCUUAACCUUGUUUUGAGGUAGAAAGGGGGAUAUAU